GGCCUCAGCGGUUGCCCCGGAAGUGGACUUGAAGAAGAAGAAGAAGCAGCAGAAGCAGGAGUCGGCGGGGAAGUGUGAGGCGGGCGGGCGAGAGCGGAGAUGGCUGUCCCGGGCUGAGGGCCCUUCUCCUCCUCCCUCCGGCCGCCCCUUCCUGGCCGGAAGCUGGCGGAGCUGGGCCGGUCCGGGGGCGCGGGGGGGGCGGGCCCCGCCGGCGGGAGGAUGAUGCGCUCGCAGUGCCUGCUGGGCCUCCGGGCCUUCCUCGCCUUCGCCGCCAAGCUCUGGGGCUUCCUCCUCUACCUCCUCCGAAGGCAGGCACGCACCGUAAUACAGUAUCAGACGGUGCGCUACGACAUCCUUCCCCUUUCCAAAGUUUCACGGGAGCGACUCAAUCAAGUGAAGAGAAAGAUCCUUGUUCUGGAUCUGGACGAGACGUUGAUCCACUCCCAUCACGACGGGGUCCUGCGGCCAACAGUGAGGCCCGGCACUCCCCCCGACUUCAUCCUCAAGGUCGUCAUCGACAAGCACCCAGUCCGCUUUUUUGUACAUAAGAGGCCGCAUGUGGACUUUUUUCUAGAAGUGGUGAGCCAGUGGUAUGAACUCGUGGUCUUCACAGCCAGCAUGGAAAUCUACGGCUCGGCCGUGGCGGACAAGCUGGACAACAACAGGAGCAUUUUAAAGAGGCGAUACUACAGACAGCAUUGCACUUUGGAGCUGGGCAGUUAUAUCAAGGAUCUUUCGGUCGUGCACACCGACCUCUCCAGCAUAGUCAUCCUGGACAAUUCGCCAGGGGCCUAUAGGAGCCAUCCAGAUAAUGCGAUACCCAUCAAGUCGUGGUUCAGCGACCCCAGCGACACGGCGCUCCUCAACCUGCUCCCCAUGCUUGAUGCCUUGAGGUUCACAGCGGACGUCCGGUCGGUGCUCAGCCGGAACCUGCACCAACAUCGCCUUUGGUGACGGCGGCUUCUCCUUUCUUCAGGAUGUGGCCCACCACCUCUGCCUUAUCCUGCCACCGCGGACCCCUGCCCGACCUCUCUGCGCCCGCCUCAAUUGCCGCCCGGACUCAAUUGGCGAAGGGGUCUGGACUCAACCGGCCGGGAAGCGGGGGGCCACGCGGCCGGAGGACAGUGUGUCCUGGGUAGCCCCCCGAUCCUGCGAGCGGCCCUUGCCUCUCCUCACGCCCAUCGCCGUGGCGGGGACUUAAGCAGGGCGUUGGUGUGACACGCCGAGCAUUGCUUGGUUUCGGGGGCGGGAGGGAAGACGGUCGAGCAAGAAAGGGGAUCGACACAAGCCAGCCAGCCAUCCACCCGGAAGGAGAUUCAAGGAACACUUGCGUGAGACGAGGCUGCAUUUCUCAGUGGAAAGACCGAGCUCUCCCUGUACAAAGAUCUCACUUUUACUGCUCUUUUAUUUCUCUCCUUUGUUGUCAUUUUCUCUCUCCUCUGAAUCUAGAGGAAGAAGAGCGAGGAGGAGGAGGAGGAGGCAGCCCUACACGUUCCUAGGACUGGCCAUUGGUUUCUGUUUGUUUUUCCCCCAAUCCACCCCACUCCCUUUGAGGGAUUUGGUUUUUUUUUUUUUUUUGUCUCCUUCCAUCCUGGUCUUGUUUGAAGGGAGAUCUUCCCUCCCGCUUUCCUUGUUUUCGUUUCCAUUGGACUUUUUUUGGGACGGGGAGGACUGGAAUGACGAGAAUAUUAUAGCCUUGAACUGAGGUGGAAAGAAAAUUACACCUAAAUCCGA